AUGACAGCUGAGCACCAAGAAAGGGCGAAGAAGAAGAAGAAGAAGAGGAAAAAAGAAGGAGAAGAGGAUUAUGAUCAUGAUGAUGGUGGUGGUUGUGGUGGUGGUGGUGGUGGUGGUGAUGAUGAUGAUGAUGAUGAUGAUGAUGAUGAUGAUGAUGAUGAUGAGGUUGGGGAUACUAUUUACUCGCGGGUAAUAUGACAGAUAAGGGUGGCGUCUGCAUCAAUUAUUAGGUUUUUGGGCCCUAAAAUGUUCAAGCUUUCUUAGUUUAAUUUCCGCUGAAUCUUCUGUACCGAAGUAGCUACUUCCCACCCUUGUGAAUUAGUACGGGCACGCAUGAACCAGAAAACCAAGUUCAAGCUCUCAGCUCGCUGCGUUUGCGAUACUUGUCAGGUUAAUGCGUGCUUUGACAAAAUGCAAGUGGGUGGGUUACGCUGUUAAUGUCAUGCGUAUACGCGGACCACCACAAUUGUUAAAAGCAGUCGAGAAACACCCGUGGGGUUGUUCCUAUUCCGCACAGAAACGAAGCUAAUCAACCUCACUAAACGAGACGGAGGGAGACAAAGCCCACUCCCAACCCCCUACGUCUUCUCAAGUUGGUCUUAUUUUGGGUCAAUUUAAAGUAACUUUGACAGUCAGUCCUAGACACAUGCGUCAGUCGGUGUCAGCAGCCGAGUUGUUUGGGCAGCUUGACGUCUCGUGCUCAGUCAGUCGCGCCGCAGGUUGCCGCAGGGGCAAAGCGAAUGCAUGUGGAGGUCGAGCAUGUUAAGAACAAAGUUGGUGGGUGUUUAACGACGCCUCACCUGUGCAGGUGACUCAGCACGCAUUCAACGCGAUCGUGCUUGAGACGUUACAAAGACAUAUGACUCCUUUAAGUACUCUGCUGCCAUCAUGUGCUAUUCUCAAUUUCGGCCUGUGAUAUGUUGCCUGCUUGACGCUGCAGAAGCCUCGCUGGAGGGGGAAGCAGAUUCUUUGCGGCAGCCGCGUCCAGACUAACGUUCCUUAAAAGGAUCUGCAAGAAAAUGCAGAGAUACCCAUCAAGAAGAGCAAUGAACAAAAUGCUAGCGUCAGUACUUAGGCAUUAGUGAUUCAGAUGGGAUGUAGGCUAUAGUGAGGAAGCCCUGAACAACAUUGGAUCCACUUUUUCUACACUACUGACCAGUAGCGGAUGGAGACAGUCGGGACUGAGGUUGAAUGCGAUGUCCAGCCAGGUAUUUCGCCGCGUCCUUCGCAUGUCGUGCGGAUGCUGAACCAGUUCUGCAUGUGAAGCAAAGCUUAUUGAGAGAGUUCGCGCGUCAUAGAACAUCGGUGUCGGCGUGUCAGCGGUGUGUUUAUUGGUUUCGCAGUAAUCAGUCCAACUGCACCUCGCAGGGUCCCGAAGCACGGCGUUUUUGCUAGUGUUGUUAAUUACGGAUGGUUACUGUUGUGUGCUUCUGCAGGUCUUAAUAUAUUCGCAGUUUUUCCGCUUACAUCGCUCGGACACCAAGAAUGUACGCAAACUCCAUAAGCAGUUCUACGAGAUAGAGAACCGAUGCACAAUCCCCGUAAUAAUAAGAGUUGAACUUUUACAAUCCUACUGGCAACCAAGGCAAUCGAUCACUUCAUUCUCUUGACACAGGACAGGAAAGUAUUUUCCGCAUGCAAAAGCGGUCUUUGUGGUUCUAGGCCAUAUAUACAUAACAUUAUGUUCUAAAAAAACGGUUUGCCGAUACUAACUUUAUUAAAUAAAGACGCACACAAGACUGGAUGACAUGUAAACAGCAUUUCACCACUAAAUUCUUCGUUUGUAGACAAAAGAAGUAUCCUCGCUCGUCUUCGACACAACCGCUCUCAACUAACACAUUCAAGGCGUCCCACAAAUGUGUCCAUACCCUAAACAACUAUUGAGCUAGUGUUCAUUAGAAUGCACUUCAUUUUCCAAAAGCAACGGAAUCAACCGAUAUUGUCACCUUCACUAUCGACGUCUGCUUUCAAACUGUUAUUCGUUUUGGUUCGGACACUGUUGAUAACGCAAUGCUGGGAAAUUAUAAACAUUUCGUUCGGCAUUUCAGUGCAUUCUUGUUAAAUAGCCGCUAUCAUUUCCGUUAGCGUUGCCGGUUUUGUGGCGUAGACUUCACCUUUGUACGUAUCUGUAUAAAAGUUCGUAGGUAGUAAAUGUUAGUGGAAACGGCAGGUGCCCUGCGAACACCUGGUUGAAAGAUUUUCACCAAAGCGGAAUCGACAUAGACUGAACAUGUAAGUCCUCAGUCUUUGUUACUAUAACAUGUGUGCUUAUUCACUUCAAGUAGGCAUGCUAUGCUAAGGUUGCGUUUACGGUCAAUCCUAAGAAAUGACAAAAUUUGUGGCUCAGGUAAAGGUUAAGUCUAAGGUUAGGGUUAAGUUACAUAUAGGAAUUAGUGAGAAUGUUGGGAUCACGGUUAAGUCUUCCUGCCGCACAUUGCUCUACGCAAGCCGACCUUUCUUAACCAAUAAACUUAGAUAACUUGUUUUUCGCCAGUUCGCACUCCCUUCGUUCGUGUAUUUCAAAUUGCGCGGUCUGUUCCGGUACCUCGUUGAAAAUACAAUUUUUCCCACCAUCUUCCGCAGAUCCCGCUAGUUGUCGUCUCGAUUUGCCUUACUGAUUAAACUGAUAAAAGCAUUCUUUCGGUACUAAAAGAGCCCUUAUACUCUUUUUUCUUAGUGGCUUGGCAUAUCCAAUCCUCAUGGCAGAAUCUGAUAUCGAAAUGGUUAUGUGAGAAUGCCCCCAUCUUGCUGGAAAUAAAACUAUCCGAAUUCGGAUCUCGGCCUGGCUGCCACUGCUAAUUUUAAAUGGUUCAAAUCUGAGAAUAAAGAAGCCUCAUCUGAAGUACCAGCUGUCAAAACGGGCGUAUAUUUUUUGGAAAAACCCAUGCUUUCCGAGCGUUUUUUAAUCCUUAAAAUAUUUUCGAGAUUCUUCACAAUUCCAUGGACAACUGGUUCGGCGUCCGCUUACAUCUCCAUUUGUCGUUUAAAUGAGUUCAAUUUAGCAUAUCUUAUCUCUAUUCUGUAACAGAUAUCUUCAAGGCCAUUAUGGGAUUAAAUUCUACGAGCCGUAGAACACAGUCAAACAUGCAUUCUAUUUUAGGUAUCUGUUAUCAGUUGCAAGGUCCACCAAAGCCGGAGAAGUCUGAAAAUUUAACAAUUAUAGUUCAUUAGCUAUGUAAGCAUAUUUUGUGCACAUUUAGAACACCAACUCCAACGAGACUUUCUGAGCGAGUUAAUCGAAGUGUUGUGUGGAAAAGGUUAUUCAGAAAGCAUCUGACAUCGCUUUAGAUGAUUAAAGUUCUCAACCUAAACCUCAAUACCUUAAACUCACACGAAAUCGACUGAACAUUUAAUAGGAGUCCCUCAUUCCGGAAAAAUCUGCUGUCAUUGAAGUGGGGAUUCAUUCGUUUCAUUCUUAUGAAAAACGCAGCGUUUAUAUAAAAGUUACUAUAUAUGAUAUCGCAGUAAAAGCAUUCUUUGUAGGCGACUAUGACGUUUUCUUGCCUUUCGGGUAAAGAAGUGGGGCCCGCGAUAGAAAAACUGUUAUUCUUUUGAAGCAAUUCACCGACUGAGCCACUUUCCACUUCUUCAUUGCAACCGAAACGCGCUUCUCAGCAGGACCCUAUUGCUUCAACCGAAACAAGUUAUAAUCUGAUGGCACGGCGUCUGAGGAAUGCGACGGGUAGGGUAGGAUUUCCCAGCGAAAUGCCACCAAAAUUCUCUACAUUUGUUGUGCACAAGACAGGGCCCCGCUUUUAAAGUUGCAAAAUCACUUAUCGUGCCUUUCAUCAUGCACCGACUUUUUUGUGAUCAGUGCUCGGCUUAAAAUGAAUAAUUACUGUUACUAUCGUUCAGCAAGUACAGUUUCAGAAACUCAUAGUACACUGUUUCUCUUUGGUCCUACCAUAGCACAACUUUACUUCCAUAGACAUUUUGUUUAGCGUUGAUGUCGACGGCUGUCUAGGCGUGGCCUAGAGUUCUUUACGUCUAAGAUUAUUGUAGCAGAUCCAGUUUUCGUCACUAGUCACGAUUGGGGGCAAAAACUAGUGCCUCGAAAGUAAAGUUUCCCACGUGCUUUUACGCUUUCGUUGCUGUUUUCCAGACAAUUCUGGCAGUUUAGAACAUUCUUGUUUUUCGUGCCAUCCCUAAUGGAUGGAAGCAUUUUCCAGUAGUAGACCUAUCAAUCUCUAGUACGCCUGACAUUCCUUUAAGCCGUUGACGUAGGCCCCGAUUGAGUGGCGUUUCGAGUUCUCUAUCAUCAAACUUAUUCCGGCUUGAAUGUUCCUUACCUUCUACGUCAAGCUUACCACUGUUAAGGGGUUCGACCCAUCUAUAGUUCUUUGAGAGGAAGAGAGAGUGAGGAGUUAACUACAAGCUUUCUGGAGUACACGACGAUUCUCAGGGACGUACUUUUGCAAAUUAAAAUAAAAAAACUGUACUUCUUGUAAAUGCCUACUUUUCACAUUCUUACACCAUAAAAAACACUACUGUGAAUGUGUCUGAUGAUGAAUUCGAGUGAGAAUCCGAAACGUCAGACCAAUAAAUUUCUUGUUCCAGUGAUCGCAUCUUUGUCUUCUGAAAAACACUAGUGUCAAUACUUUGACAAAAUGCCACAGACUAAGUCUGGAAACUUUGUUCAAGUACUUCAUAAUACGCGCUUUGCCGUCUCUAGUUAUCAUUUAAAACACUUAAAACAAAACGGAUCGAAUACAUUUGCAUUAAUCUUAGUCUUCUUUGCCGGUUUCCUCUUGUUGUGUACUCAAUGCCAGCACCCGAUCUUCAUCACCUGACUCAUCCUCAGCCCGAUCCAGGUCUGAUCACGAUAGUCAGUUUAUCACCCCAUGUUCGUCAUUCUGCGUCUUUGCUUGGUGUGUGAGUUGACGCGAGCGGCUGACCAAUAUGUAGGUGAAGCAUUCAUGAAAACCUUCUACACCCCGCAAUGCAGCAUAGUUACCCACGAGUAAUUUACAUAGAGGAAGAAAAGACGCUCCUUUUUAAAUCACAUCGAAGUGGAUGUGCCUAGUGCUAAGGCACUCGAACCGCGAACUUGUAGGUGGGAAAAGGAAGAUCAAGCGAUGAUUAUAGCCACAAGCAAUCUAAUCGGCAAUUACAACCCCACAUGAAGAGUGCGGUUAGGUAAAAAUCUGUGGUUCUUCAUAGCCUAGACAGAGGACAGUUGAACACUAGUGAAAAUUUGCAGUCAGUAACAGGCCCAUGGCAAAUCCAUGCCUAUCUUUAGCAUGUCCGUUUGAUCUGAAUAGAUUUUCAAGACACUGUUGGGAACGUUUGAACAAGAGAUCAGGGAAAAAUACUGAGAAUCUUGUAAAAUAAUGAAUAUUCUGAAAGCAAGACAGCAUACGAAGGCCUUGGGCGCUUUCUACUCUCGCAUUUUGCGUCUGUUCCAAAUGUAGCUGGGAAACCGCCGUCCUGACCAUUGUUUUACAAAGUAGUUGGUUCCCAGGAUUCCAUAUGUGUAAUGAAAGGAAUCAACUGUGAAUGCUUUUAUGAAAGCAGAUCACGAAUGACGGCGCAUUCGCCAGUGUUGGCCCUUGAACUCGCAGGCGAGCGCCCGGUAUCAGUUGACCAGCCAGUUGGUGCUUGGCUGCAGCAAUCUGAGCCAAUACCUGACCCAAAACCCGAGGGUGAGAAGGCGUAUAGCGAGUAGAGAUGUUCAAUUGUUUUUGCAUUUGAUUAAUUAGAAGCAAUAAAAGCGUCCUUCUCUGAACGUACGGCAAGCUUAUACGUUUGUACGGUGUUGGUUUUUUAUCAGACAACACAAUGCCACAUCGAAUUUUCUAAGAAGAAAGCAGAUCUAAAAGUUAAAAGAACACUCAGCAAUAUAUUUCCUUAACAUGGAACAUAAGUGAUCUGCCUUAUCAUUUCAAAAUCGGCAUAAAUUAGUUCUUAACAGUUUGAUUCCAUAAGGGCGACUCCCAUUCAGCCAAACGCUUCGGUCGACAACAGACUGACUGGUUAACGAAUCAUUUCUUUUGGUGCUCGAAGUUUUGAAAUUUUCUCUAAAUCCCCGACUGCAUUUGAGUACUCUCGUCGCAUCAACAUUCUCCUGUCACAUCGUUCAGGAGUCGCCGGUCAGAAUGUCGUUAUGCCACUUUUAGAUAAAUUUGGUUUCUAGCGGAAUAACCGUCAACGCAACUAUUUGCAUUUCAGAACUUCGGUUAACAUUUCAUGAGUUAGCACAUCUGCUGUAUUUUGCCGACAAACAUUCGGGUUAUGACCUUAAAUUGCAAAAUUAGACUCUACUUAAUGAGACGACAGGAUGACAACUUAAGGAAAGGCACAACUGUCGGCGGGGGGUUGGUCAUUUCUACACACCACUCCCGGGAAAAUGAGCUCUAAGCGGCAAUUACAUAAGCAGCCAAUAGGCGGUCAGGCUAGAAAAAACAUUAAAAUUCAACCUUGAAAAUACUUGUCAUGGAGUGUCGAAAGAAAAACCGAUGACAGCCACCUGCUAAGCGGCGCAUUUUGAAUUUACGACCGUGCAAUUCCACGAAUAUCUUUUAAUAGGGAUUUGUCAAUAUCCUCGUAGUGGACGUAACCUCUGGUUAAUCAACUUACCAGAUCCCAUAAGUUAAAAAUAAAGUGAUCAAGAAUUUUAGCCGGGUUAGCCGUAAUCAGCAGAUAAUGCGGUGGUAGAAAAUUCAAUGUCAUUUUCAGUUGGAAAGUUGGCACUGGAUGGAAGGCAGCUGCACUAAAUGCAUGUCAUUUGCACAGAUUUUGUGCUUAUACAGUAGAUGACCUAACUCAUGAAAUAUCGGGACCGAAAUUUGAGUGGGUAUUUUGUAACACAUCUAGCUUUGUUGUUGUGUUCGUUAAAAUAUUACUAAGGUCGCUCUGUUGCAAAUCACCAACGAUAAAACUGCGCCUAAAAUUUAGCGAAGUACACUACAGCGGUCCAAAAAGUUAGCAAGACAACGAUUUUAUUCGUCAUACAUUAAGAAAGCACCAUUAUAUGCCCAUUCAGACCAUUCACAAGGAACGUCUGUCGGCGUUCCCUUUAAACAUAAUUAGGAAGAGAACGCAGAAAUUUGAACUUCAGUAGCAAAAGGCCGUAAUCAAACCAUUUUUUACUGGAAACAUAUUGGAGAAUGUUUUUUGUUUGCUAUGAAUUAUUUUGAUUACUUUCCGUCUACCCAGGAGAACACUUUUACGAGGAAGUCUUGUAUUUAGGUAAGCCUACGAAGUCGACCCAGGCAAAUAGUUUAUUUCAGUUUAUUUGGUAAGGAUUAUGGGCAAAGCCUUUGAAAACCCUAUUGAUUACAUGUCAGUUCGUUAGAAAUAACUGUACACGAACAAUAAAAACAUUCGCUACUAAAACAGUACUUGAGUCAUUUGAGUAGCAUUGUCUCAGAGAAAAUAUUCGUGGGGUUGUGGGGUAUUAGUUCAGAUUCAGACUGUCGAGGGAAAACCGGGGACACAAAUAAUCAUGCAAGCGUUUCUGGAAGAGUUGCAAAGACAUCGCCUCCACGACGGACUGAGGGAGAUCGUUCCAUUUCUCCACUACCUUCUGCGUGAAAAAUUCAGAACGGAGAUUCAGCCUGGACAUUGUUGUCCGUAACUUCAUCGAGUGACCAUGAAGAUUGGGCUAAAGGUGUCACUGAAACAUGUUCUCAAGGCUAAGUCCAUGCUCAAGGCCAUGUAUUAUCUUGUAGACGAUGAUAAGAUCACCUCUUUGCUGCCUGUAACACAGAGGGAAUAAAUUAAGGCAAUUCAGUCUGUCUGUGUAUGACUGGCUUUUUAGACCGCCUACCAGGUUUGUUGCACGCCGUUGUACUCGUUCGAGGCAUGCUUGGUCCUUUACUAGCCAUGACCGCCGUGCUUGUGUGCCAUAUUCUAAGUGGGGCCGUACAAAGUUGCCGUAAACUCUCCCAAAAAAGUCUUGGUCAAGGGUUACGAAAGCCCUUUUGAUUGCAUGGUGCACUCCCAUGGCGUUUUUUGCAGCCUUGUGGCACUGUAGUGUUGGGUUCAGGUUGUUCUGUAUCCAAACCCCGAGAUCCUUCUGUGAAGGUUCUGCGGGGAGCCCUAUAUGUGGAAAGAAAUUUCUAAGAAAGCACACUGCAUCGACGGCAAACUUCAAAGUGGUCGACAAUUGAUGGUUUGGAUGGCUAUUAAACUCGGAGAGCGGCCACUUUGGCGGUCGACUACGGAUACGAUCAACAACAAGUUGUUCGUAAAAAUUGCAAAGUAUGUCUUCGGCUACAACGACACCCACCAUUGUGAAAUGGAUACCAAAAUUUUACUCGAUAAUGCCCCUGUCCGCCGCCCUGAAGAGGUGUGAAUCUGCCUACGCUUGCAACUGAAAUCCAGCUCUUUGGACAACAGUUGUCUUCUUUGCAUGUGGCUUGCACUCGAUUUCUAUUCCUGCAAACAGCCUGAAUUUUAAUUUUAUCGAAAAUCGUUUUGUACUUAUCAAAAUGUUGGCACAAGGCAAAGAAGAAUUUUCAACUGUAAAGAAGGCUUGAUCUUGUGCCAGAUAAUCACAAUGAGCAAUGCACUCAAGACAAUCUGACUGCCGCCAUGUCUGAGAGACGUUCUGCUGUGUUAAAUGCAAAUGAGUAGUCAACAAGGUACUGAUUUCCCUCAUUUGUUAUUAUUAUUUUUCCUUACUUUUCGCUUUUUGCGCGGCCCCUCCUCAUGCACCUUUAUAGUUUGCCUUAUUUAAGUGGUUUGUACUGUAACCAUUUUCGGAGACUUUGGUUGAAAGUGAAAAUUUGUCAUUUUCUCGUUAGUUAAUGGUAAUUUAUAAACUUAACCACGCUACCUGUUUAAGAACAAUCUUUUUUAUAGCUGUAAAUCUUUGGGGAACGCGUUGUAAGGCGGAUUUUCCGUUGCAGGAUUUUCUUUUGAAGCUCAUGACAUUUCACGAGUUAUCACGUCUACUGUGGGUGGCUGGGAGGCGAUUUUCAGUCUCUAUGUUAAAGUCAGACUUCGGAUAUAAACCUAUCGAAGGAAGACUAGGCCAGCACCUUCAGGCCCUGUCCCGAAUGGGAAGAGAAGGGGGAGGCUAGUGGGCAGGAUAGUAUAUUCUGUACAGAAUAACCGGAGAAGAGGUUGGAGAGAGUUCGCACCCGGACAAGGGCACGUCCGGCGCCGGAUGAGCGGCAUCCAAAGUUCCCAUCAGGGAAUGCCUCAAAGCGUUUUAAGACAGGCCACGUCUGACUCGGCCUUGAAUCUGAUUGGUCGGCAGGGAAGCUGAGUGGGCGAAUGUCAGACAGCCCUGGUGUAACGCCCCUGGACCUGUACAGAAUUGUUUGAAUGCGUGACACUUUUCCGCGCCAGGACCUAGGGUGGAGAUGGCGUAACCGCGUGUCAGUGAAGAUGGCCGGUGCCCCUUCCUCUCUCAUCCGCCGAUCCCUUCCCCCUUACCGUACCGUAUCGCAACGCUUGCAUCGCUCUCCGUCUCGCAACAUCGGCACCUCCCUCGGCCCUCCCCUGCAGUUGCCCACAGCGCUGCGCUCCCCACCGGUUAUUUAG